GGCCCGGCCCGGCGGGGCGGGCGCUGACUGCCGGGCGCUGAGGCCCGGAGCGACGGGCGCUGCGCAGAGCCCGGCUCCCCGCUGCGGAGGGUGAAGGAGCCGAGCCCGGCCAGGCCAUGCCCGGCCCCCCGACGCUGGGGGCGGCAGGCCCCGGCCCGGACCCAGAGGAGCGCUACGAUUUCCUCUUCAAGCUGGUGCUGAUCGGGGACGCCAGCGUGGGCAAAACCUGCCUGGUGCAGCGCUUCAAAACCGGGGCCUUCGCCGAGCGCCAGGGCAGCACCAUCGGCGUGGACUUCACCAUGAAGAGCCUGGAGAUCCAGGGCAAGCGGGUCAAGUUGCAGAUCUGGGACACAGCAGGCCAGGAGAGAUUCCGAACCAUCACACAGAGCUACUACCGAAGCGCCAAUGGAGCAAUCCUAGCCUACGACAUCAGCAAGAGAAGCUCUUUCCAGUCCAUUCCUCGCUGGAUUGAGGAUGUGAGAAAAUAUGCUGGUUCCAACAUAGUACAGUUACUGAUUGGAAACAAGUCUGACUUAAGUGACCUUCGAGAGGUUCAGCUGGAGGAGGCUCAGAAUCUGGCUGAACACUAUGAUAUCAUCUGUGCCAUAGAAACGUCUGCGAAAGACUCCAGCAAUGUGGAGGAAGCUUUUGUGAAGAUGGCAACGGAGCUCAUGAUAAGGCAUGGAGGCCCCAUGUUCAAUGAGAAAAACACAGACAGCAUCAAACUUGACAGCAAAGACAUAGUAGAAGGCUGGGGGCCAUGCAAUUGCUGAUACAAGCUAGGUAGUAUCCCUGACUUUACUGGAAUUUAGAGGGAUGUCUCCCCCUAAGGCUGAGUAGCACAGUAGCUGUAUCCUCCUCCUGAGAGACCAGCAUUUUUGUAGACAUUAGACACCAAUGCAAUCAAGAUUUUGUCUUUUACUUUUAAAAAAGGGACUUUGUUGAGGUUUAGACCUAAAAGUUCAACCUUCCUUGACAUUUACUCUGUAUUUGCCCCCAUUAUUUUCUUUGCUGCAACCUUCUCAGUAAGUUAUGAAUCUGAGUGAAGCAGCAUGGAUCUGUUUGUUGGAGGGCAGGGGAAGGUAACUAGACAAGAAACCACCACAUACCUGAAGUUCUAAACCCUUCAGUAUGGAAUAGCUGUCAAAGGUGUAACUAUUUUUGCUUUUAGGUCAGUCAACCGUGAUAGAGUCUUUUUAAAUUCUCAGCAUUCCACCAAUGACCACAUACACCAGACAGUUUAGACAGUGGCUGUGGCAAAGGUGUUUCAAGUAUCAAAAUGCUUGAAUAUUUUAAACAUGGGACCAAGCAGCAGUCACCUGUCCAAGACACUGGACCACCAUGGAAGCUCUCUCCUUGAAAGUAAAAUGUGGCACAUGGACUGCUAAAUAUUGUUGGUACAAGCCCAAGUGGGCUGUCAUGCUGAUUUUUAAAAAAUCAUCAUUCAAAUAGUGAAAUCAGUCUGAGCAAUACCGGUUGCCUGCUUGUUUACCAAGAUAAACAUUAAAUGUACUGACUCAAAUUCA